UUGCAUCCAUCAUUUGCUUUGUUCAGAUGAUGACUGCCUCACCUUCUCUUUCUACACCUAAUACGAUCUUGCCUUUGCAAGUAUCUGAAGCCGACAAACUCAAGGCUGAAGAGGCAAGUCGCUUUUAUUGAUGCCCAAGAAUUGCUUGCUUUGGUUCUGAACUUAUUGUAAUCUGUUCUGGAUAAACCAAAAUAUGCUCUUGACUAUUUGUAUUGUGUUCAAGGAUUCAUUUUAAAAACUAUAACGAUACAUAGAGCUCACAUGGCUAGUGUGUAAAUCGGAAUCUAUAUAUAUUGCUUGCCAUCUCUGGCUUUAAAAAGACUUUCUGAAUCCUUUCAAAAUGAAUGGAUUGCUGGCUGGUCCUUAUCUCCCUCAUAUCUAUACUCAUUUACAAGAAACAGUAUCAGAAUACAUCCAAUCUUGAUUGCGGCAUCAAAGUCGGAGAUGUUCGACUUUUUGAUGUGAAGCCAGAUAGCUUCCACUUUACCAAUCUAUGUGUAAUUUUCUCAAUGGCCCGAGAGCUUGCAACUUGAUUAUGGGCAUAGCUUUAAAGUAUAUGCCCAUUUAUCUGCUAGAAAUUUGUUUUUCAAGAAAUCGACUAGAUCAAAAAUGAAGCGAAUAAACUUUUUGCUGCCAAGAAAUUUGAAAAGGCCAUUGAAAAAUACACCGAAGCCAUUUCCCACAAUCCAACCAAUGCAGCGUACUAUGCCAACCGUGCUUUUGCCUAUACCAAGCAGGAACUUUACGCAGCCGCCGUUCUGGAUGCUUCGGAUGCCAUUAUGAUCGACUCUUCUUAUAUCAAGGGCUACUAUCGUCGCGCUGUUGGAAACAUUGCGCUUGGAAAGCUAAAAGAUGCUAUCAAGGAUUUACGCACUGUUGUAAAAUCUACACCUCAAGAUCGAGAUGCUAGAACCAAACUGGCUCAAUGUGAAAAGGAACAAAAGCGGAUUGAGUUUGAAAAAGCUAUUGGUUUUGAAGAGAACAAGAUAAACAUUUUGGAUCGUAUUGGAAACGUGGAUGAGAUUAUUGUUGAUGAUUCUUAUGAUGGACCUCAUUUGGAUAUCAAGUCUGGUAUCACGCUAGAGUUUGUCAAGAAUCUGCUCGAGUAUAUGAAAAAUCAAAAGAAACUUCACCGCAAAUACACAUUGCAGAUUUUGAUUGCAGUCAAGGCACUCUUUGAAGCCCUCCCUCCUAUUAUUGACAUUACCAUUCCAGCAGAUGGCAAAAUCACCGUGUGCGGAGAUAUACAUGGCCAAUACUACGAUUUGCUCAAUAUAUUUGACAACAACGGUCUUCCUUCACCUACCAACAUGUAUCUUUGGAAUGGUGAUUUUGUUGACCGAGGCUCAUUCUCUGUUGAGUGUAUUAUUACUCUGUUUUCAUUCAAGCUGCUCUACCCCCACGCUGUAUACCUAUCUCGUGGAAACCAUGAGGCUGAUGAUAUGAACAAAGUGUAUGGGUUUGAAGGCGAAGUCAAGGCAAAGUAUUCUGAACUUACAUUUAGACUUUUCUCCGAGAUUUUCAAUGCAGUCCCAAUUGGAAACCUCAUCAACGAAAAGAUUUUGGUUGUUCAUGGUGGUCUGUUUUCACGUGACGAUGUCACAAUGGAUGAUCUACGCAAGAUUGAUCGGUUUAAGCAGCCUGGUCACGAAGGACUCAUGUGUGAACUCCUUUGGAGUGAUCCACAGCCAGAAAUGGGUCGUUCAGCCAGCAAGCGCGGUGUUGGCAUUCAAUUUGGACCGGAUGUGACUGAAAACUUUUUGAAGAUGAACAAUCUUGAUUUGCUUAUUCGAUCCCAUGAAGUCAAGCAUGGUGGGUACGAGAUAGCACACAAUGGCAAAUGCAUUACGAUCUUUAGUGCACCUAAUUACUGCGACUCUACUGGAAAUAUGGGUGCUUAUAUUCAUAUUACACCAGAUCUAAAGCUCAAGUAUAAUCAGUUUGAAGCUGUUCCUCAUCCUUCGAUUGGACCUAUGAAAUACGCCUCUUCUUUUGGCAACUUUGUUUAAUCUAUUUUAUUGAUUUCAGAAAGCAAGUGGAUAGCUACGCUUUCCUUUUCACCUACUACUGAAUUUUGGCUUGACUUUUUACAGAAUACUUUAGUACAUUUUUCUCUGUUUCCAAGUGUCUGAAUCUUUUUGGAAGACUAUCUUUAUUCAAGUAGUUUUUGUUUGAUCAAGGCUUGAAUACAGCUGUAUAUGUGGUGUGCAAUGGUUUGACCAGAUAAAUCCAGCCAAUGUAUCUUUGGAAGCAUUUUGUCGAGUCACAAUCAACCAAUAAAACUACGUAUCUAGCAAUCUUUUUGACAUGAUCUCAUACGACACUCUUGAAGCUCUUUUUUCAGACAUGUGCAUACUAGGUGAUGUACAGUCCACUACAUACCCAAUAGAUGUAUAAAACGCCAUUGCAGUUGGGUUAUGUUUAAACACGGUCAAUUUACACUUUUGCAUUUGAUGAAGCCUGCCCAGCGACUCCAUUGCAGUCAUCAAAGCACGUCCCAAUCCUUUACGUUGCACAAGAGUAUCCAACUGAAUUUCGUAGCAAUAGAUCACAGCCAACUGUGUUUGUUCGUGCGUGAUUGGAUCCAAGUCAUCAUCUAUAGUGAAUCUGCAGUGAAUAAAUCCAACAGGUGUUUGUGAUGAUUUUAAAAUCAAAACAAUGUAUCGUGCAUCUUCCUCGGUCAUUUCUUUGUACUUGGAUGCAUC